UGGAAUCACAUUUGUGUGCUUCAUUCCGUGCGGAGACGAUGACAAGCGAAAAAUAGUAGUCCGUUUACAUUAACUGCUGAGUGCAAACUCAAAUUACAGAUUUGUUAAAGCGCGUCGACUCGCAGACAGUCGCUACGAAAACUCGCUUGUUAUACCUGCAACCGGACGGAGGGAUGCGACGAGUGGAAGUGAGAUAAUAAAAUACAGCGCUUUCGUCUUUUUUAAUAUUUUAUUUUAUGCAGUUUUUUUGUGGUCGGGAAUGUGUUUGAGUGCGGGUAACAAACCGCAAGCUGAGUGUGGAUGUGUUAAAUUUCGGUCAAAAUGUGGCUUGUGUGCAGAUAGGGCGUUUUUAAAGUCCACCUUGUGUCGUGGACAUUUGGCUAACAUUAGCUUGUUUGGUCCCACUGAACCAGGAGUGUUGGGGGGCCUGUGCUGUUAAACUGCGUCACUGAGUGGGCACUGCAGGUAUUCAUCGCCAUAUGUCUGUGCUGGGAAGUUUUGCCAUGGUGAGAAUAAACUAACUCAACUUCUAAAUCAGUAUGGAUCCACAGGCUAAUUCAAACUCUGAGCCUCAAGAACAGCACUUUCCAUUUAUACCCAGCUCUAAAUGUGAAGUCACCAUGAACAUGUGUGGAGUCACAAACGAUGGAAAAGUAAACCUAACAGACCCCUCGGCAUCGGUGAGAGGUGGGAGUGACCCGUCUUCUGUUAACCUGCGGAAUCAGAGAUUCAUCAGAAGAAGCCUAUGGUUCACAGAUGCUGACGAGCAGGUGUUUGAAGCCCCCGAAUGCAACAAAAGGAGUAAAAUUCUGAGUAUAAACCUGCGAACUGUAGUCAACAAAACCCGGGAGACUAGUUGUGGCAUUCAGGAAGGUUUUAGCACUGAAAGCCAACGAGGGCAAAAAGACAGUGCAAGGGAGAGCAUCAGUGCAGAUGAGGAGAAGGAGAAAUGUGGAGAUAGCUUGAGUGUUACUUGCGUCAAUGGUGGGAAAACAUCUGUCAAGUCAGCCAGUGAGGAGAAUGAGGAAGAAGCGGAGAUGAAAGCAGUCUCCACAUCUCCAGGAGGACGGUUCCUGAAAUUUGACAUCGAGCUGGGGAGAGGGUCAUUCAAGACAGUCUAUAAAGGCCUGGAUACGGAGACUUGGGUGGAGGUUGCCUGGUGUGAGUUGCAGGAUCGUAAACUGUCUAAAAUGGAACGUCAGCGUUUCAAAGAGGAGGCAGAAAUGUUGAAGGGUCUUCAGCAUCCGAACAUUGUUCGUUUCUAUGACUUUUGUGGAGUCCUCACUGAGAGGGAGAAGUGUAUCGUUCUAGUUACAGAGCUCAUGACAUCAGGAACUCUGAAAACGUAUCUGAAGCGGUUCAAAGUGAUGAAGCCAAAGGUAUUAAGGAGCUGGUGCAGACAAAUCUUGAAAGGCCUCCAUUUUCUUCACACUCGGACCCCUCCCAUCAUCCAUAGGGAUCUCAAAUGUGAUAACAUUUUCAUCACUGGACCUACAGGGUCAGUCAAGAUUGGGGAUUUGGGACUAGCAACACUCAAGGCAGCUUCCUUUGCUAAGAGUGUUAUAGGUACUCCCGAGUUUAUGGCUCCAGAGAUGUAUGAGGAACACUAUGAUGAAGCUGUGGAUGUCUACGCCUUUGGAAUGUGUAUGCUAGAGAUGGCUACCUCAGAAUAUCCCUACUCAGAGUGUCAGAAUGCUGCUCAGAUCUAUCGCAAAGUCACUAGUGGAGUGAAGCCAGCUAGCUACAACAAGGUCAUGGAUCCUGAAAUAAAGGAGAUAAUUGGAGAGUGCAUCUGCCAAAAGAAAGAAGAGAGGUACACCAUCAAGGAUCUUUUGAACCAUGCUUUCUUUGCUGUGGACACAGGCGUGAGAGUGGAGCUAGCUGAGGAAGAUGAUGGGAAAAAGACCUCAAUAGCACUAAAGCUCUGGGUGGAAGACCACAAGAAGCUAAAAGGGAAGUGCAAGGAGACUGGAGCCAUUGAGUUCACUUUUGACCUGGAAAAGGAGGUUCCUGAAGUUGUGGCUCAAGAGAUGGUCGAAUCUGGCUUCUUCCACGAGAGUGAUGCUAAAACUCUAGGAAAGUCGAUCAGAGAUCGUGUGGCCCUGAUCAGAUGGAGAAGACAAAGAACUGUAUUUCCAGCAGCCAAAACGGAUCAGAGUGAAGGGGGCAUUGGAGUGUCAGUUGCACCACUUCAUGGUAUCUCUGUGGGGGCUGGCGUACAUGUAGAACAGCCCUCUUUGCUGGAACUGGAAGAGCCAGAGGCAGACCAACAUAACAAGAUGUGUAAACUACCAGCUAGUGUAACCUCAGUGACAUCAGACGGUACAAUUGACAGUGGCACAGGCUCCACUGUGUACUCAGACUCCCACAGCAGCCAACACAGUGUCCUCUACCAGUCCCUGAUUGAGUCGAUUACCAUGGCAACGCAGCAGUGUCACAACAGUAAUCCAGUUAUGGCAACAAAUCAACCUCAUUCCUUUGAAGGGGGUGAAGUGCGGGGAGCAGUGAAGAGCCCAGAACGUGGGUUUUGUUUACGAGCUGCAGCACACAGAGAAAGUGCCUCUGCUGUUCACACUCACAGAGCUGGCCACGUCUUUCACAGUCUCACUCAGUCACAAAGCAAGAGCCCAGUCAUUCCCAGUCCCACUGCAUCAGAUAACCCAGCAGAGCUCAGCCCCAGUGAGGUGAACGUUGAGGCUGAGGAUGAGUUCCCUUCACAGACUGUUUUAGUGAUUCCAGUUCAAGUCCGUCCUGUCUCUUCACCAUCUGAGUCAUGGCACUUCAGUGACAUCGGUAUCAAACCUGCACCAGAGGUCAUCAGUCAAACUUCAGCAGUGUCUCUGUCAGGUGGACGUAGACACUCCGACCUUGGCAGUCUUCUAAGUCUGAUACCCCAACGUAACCAGCAUGAUACUAAGCACAGAAGCCAGACAUGCCAAGCCUGUCUCUCUUUGCUCCGGCUGCGAUCCCAAAAAAAGAGUCCCGCUCAUCCCUCUGUUGUGAUACAGAGAGAACAGUGUCAGUUUGAACGUGGAUAUCACCCAUCCUCUAGUGCAAUAAUGACUGGACCUGUGAAAUGUUUGAGUGACUGCACAGAUUUCUCUUUGCUGCAGAAGUCCCUCUUCAAUAUAAUUAGCUGCAAAGCAGCCCUCUGUUAUACCAAUCCCAACCACUCCUCUAUACUGCACACCCCAGCUGCCCACAGGCAUGCCUGCAGUUAUGGCAACAGCAACCUGGAGAUUUUCCCACCAAGGAGCAGUCUGGUUGGUGACCAAGAGAACAUGCACGACAACAAGGACAGUUGCAGUGUUGGUGAUCAGAAAGUGACCAGCAGUGUAGGAUGGGCUGGUUCUGUAGGGCCUCAGAAUCAGUCACCUCUCCAGGGAUCAUCUUCUACAAAUACAGCCCUACACACCCCUCUGCAGUACAUCCAGUCUGGACAGAGCUGCCCUGUUGCUCCGUAUGCUGGUCAACCCAGUGCUGCAACACCAGCCAGUGUUUGUGCAGGCAAUGUGCAGCAUGCAGUUAAUGCUUCCAUCUACACAUCUCAGAGUGUGCAGCAGACUCAAACUGCAGCAGCAAUCACACAGCGCUACCAACCACCAGUGUACCAACAACAGGCAACAGCGAAAAUGUCUUCUGGCCAGGGUAUUGCACACUUUGGUCAGGAUGGACAGAAUCUGUCAACUUCCAGUGUUUCAGCCCAGACAAUCCAUGCUCAGCAGACUCCAGCUCCCUCUUUGCACCAGCUCCAUCCACUGCAGGUUUCAACCUCUCUAUCGAACCCAUCGCAGUAUCCCACAGUCCAGGUGAUGACAGCUGUGACUGACUGUGAAUCCUCCUGGUCCACUCUUCACCCUCCGUCCUCUGCUUCUGUUGCUCAUAACUUUCUUUCUCCUGGCCACACUUGUCCUGUAACUCCCUCUGUCUCGCCAAUUUCCCCUUUGCACAUAGAAAACAUGUUAGCUUCACCCAUUCCAGUGUCCCCCAUACCUUCUUCCUCACCCAUUUUGGAGAUGUGUCCCACAUCCCCACAGCCGCAAUACCCCACUGCUUUGCAGGCUUUAACCUGUCACUCACACCUUACACCCACCUCACACCCCGUACACGCACACAUUGCUUCAUCCCAGAACACGCACCCUUCCACAAAUGACAGCACUCAACCGCCUGUUCAGGUUCCCCAGCAGACCCAGGUCAACCAUGGAGAGCUAGCUUAUCCUGCUCAGCUCACCCAACCUGCAGUUUUCUCUGUACCUGUUCAUAAUGGAACAGAUUCUAGUACAGCAUCUACUGGUGCCCAGCUGGAUCACAGCCAAAACCAGUGUCAAGUACCUCCACAUGCUCAGGCACAGAAUCAAGUUCUGAGCCAGAUUCCUAUGCUGCAGCCUUAUGAGUCUCAGAGACCGGUAACUGGAACUGAUGCAUCCAGUCUGGUACAGGAGAAACAGCUCACUACUCUCACAGGGAUGCCAAAUUCCACAGAAGUGAACUUGCAGGAUCAAGUCCCGGAGAAACACAUUAGUGGACAGAGCUUUGACAGUGUCACUUCAGAAGCCACAUCAGGGAAGGAGAUGAGUGAUGGUUAUGAGGGGACACAUGGAAGUAAAGGUGAGGGAAAGGGUCGGAAGCACUGUCGCAGGUCCUCACGCACCCGCUCUAGGCAAGAAAAGAUUAGCAGGCCAAAGCUCAGCAUGCUCAAUGUGUGUAACACUGGAGACAAGAUGGUAGAGUGUCAGUUGGAAACACACAACCAUAAGAUGGUCACUUUCAAGUUUGACCUGGAUGGAGAUGCACCGGAGGAGAUUGCUACUUACAUGGUAGAGAAUGAUUUCAUCUUGCCUCUGGAAAAAGAGGUUUUUAUUGAUCAGCUGAAGGACAUCGUGGACAAGGCUGAGGAUAUGCUAAGUGAGGACACUGAGGGUGAAAGGGGUUCUGACCAUGGUUGCUGUCCUAUACAGAGCGAAGGCGCUGGAACACAGCGAGCAGAGGGUUUCAAUGUUACUUCACCCAGCACCCCACAGCUUGUAUACCAGCAAAAUGUCCUCCACACUGGCAAGCGCUGGUUUAUUAUCUGCCCUGUGGUUGAAACACUCGAGUUGGACAAAGAGAAGACUGCAUCUCACACCUCUGCACCUAAGGAUUGUGCUUCAUCAUCAGUCAGACCCAGCAGCAACAUUGCUGCAGUGCCUACCCCUGCUGCAUCUUUAUCAAGUCCAAGUCCAUCCUCCUCGCUAUCCACUGCAGCACAGGCGGCAACACCACCUCAGGACCCAAACGCUGGAGGAGCUCGAGUCUAUCAGCCCCAGCCCUGUGUAACCAAACAUGCACUUCCCAGUGCUGUUGUCAAUCAUCAAAACUCAGUACCUGCAGAAGAGUCCUUUGUAUCUGCUGUCUCAAUGGUUACAGACAUGCCAUGCUGUGCUAUUGUGCCACCUGUGACGCUGGAUGUGAAUGUUUGUGAUCAAGGAGAAGCUGGUGAUGUGAUAUCUUCUGAUGCUAAUCAGCUCAGUCACAAGUCCAGUCCUUCUAGAGACCCACCACCUCAGCUUGCCUGCCAUCAGUCUGUGGUUCUGCAGCAACCCUUUGCCACACCCAUGCAGCCUGGGACAGUAACAUCACAGCCCCAGAGUCCAGCACACCAGGCCUCCCAGAACUCCCAGUCAUCAAGCCAGCAGCAGCCAAUAAGUGGGGGGGCAGUGGAGUCUGAUAGUGAGGGGCCACGUAGGGUGGAGUUUGUUGACCGCACCAUCAAGACUUUAGAUGAGAAGUUGAGAAAUCUGUUAUACCAGGAGCAUCUUGCCCACCAGCCAUCGAGUACCGUGUCUGACCCGCAGACCUCCAGCACAGAGGGAGCCGGCUCACCACAGACAGACUGCCAGUGCUCUGAGGCAGUACUGGCAAAGAAGAAGGGGGAGCCGCUGCCUCAGAUACCUGAGUGCACAGAUGGAGUAGGUGCACAUAGUGAUCCUGCAGUUGCAGCCAAUAACAGGGGAAUGAAUGGAAAAGAUGGAGCUGCCAGCUCUGGUUCACACAGCUCCGGCAGUCGUUUUCAAAUCAUCCCCACUCCCCCUGAUGUAAUUUGUCGUUUGGAGAAAAGUAGGAUCACCCACAGUUCUCCAGCGCCAUCGAGUGGCUCUGGAGGAUCUAACUCUCAGAGCCAGGACCCUGCCUGGAAAGAUGAGGACUUUUCUGCAUGCAGGUCCACUGUGAUGGGAGCAAAUGAAGAAUCUGCAGAAACCUCCAAAGCCCAUAGUAGUAAUCGUUACUCUGCUCCACCAAAUUUAUACCAGGCUACACCUACUUCAAGCCCUGAUGGUACCCCACAUUAUAUCCCUCGGGCUCAAACCGUUGAUGCAACUGCUAAUCAGCACUACCACCACUCCUCUCAACGCUACUCUGACUCAGCAGAUGAGGAGAGCAGCAGCAUAGCUCUCCCUCCAGCUCACUGCACUCCUCCAGCUCACGCCCACUCUGAGCACAGUGGAAGUGACCUCGUGAAAAGGGCAGUGGCAUUCCUGCGGCGUUCUGGUCGCAGCAAAAGUGAGCAGAACUCUGUAUCUCCAAGCCGGCAGCCGGUGGCAAUAAACGGUCAUGCUCCAUCACCUUCUGCGGGCAAUAUCCACGCAUCUUACAUCAGCAGUGACAACGACUCAGAGUUUGAGGAUGCUGACAUGAAGAAAGAGCUGCAGAAACUGAGAGAAAAACACAUGAAAGAAAUCUCUGAGCUGCAGGCAUUCCAGCGGAGUGAGAUUGAGCACGUGUACAAGGAGCUGGGUAAAACUCUGCCCCCUAACGUGGGCCUACUUCACGCUGCACCCCCAAGCGGCCGCAGACGCAGAGCCAGCAAACACAAGCUGAAGGCUGGCAAACUGCUCAAUCCUAUGGUGCAGCAGCUCAAAAAUAAUCUCAACACGUCCACUGUUGAGAGAAAAGGUGAGAGCGCUGCCAAUUUAUCCAGCUCUCCCACAAAACAUUCAGUGCACUCCGACGGCUCCGCUCACUCCAGCACCAGCUCCAGCAGUCAGCCCUGCACUGACCCAGAGCCGGUUCAAACCAAACAGCCUUGCUCCUUGAAGGGAUCCUUCUCCUCAGACAAUAUCUAUGCUGGGCUGCACAGUGACAGAACAUUGACGCAAGCAGGCCCUGGUCAAGGCUGGACGGUUUUCCACCAAACGUCAGAGAGAGUCACCUAUAAAUCUAGUAGCAAACCACGCACUAGAUUCCUCAGUGGACCUGUGUCUCUGUCCAUCUGGUCCACUCUGAAACGACUAUGUCUAGGCAAAGAACGCAGUAGUAGGUCUACACUCAGCACCACCACAACUCCAGCAUCCAGUCAGACCCAAGCCCCACGCUCCAUGGCCACACUGUCGCCAUCUCCCCAACCACUCCCAAGGCUUGCUCAGGUCCAGACUAACAACAGCAACAACAAGAGAGGCACAUUUACAGAUGAUCUCCACAAACUGGUGGACGACUGGACAAAGGAGACUGUAGCAGCAGCCCAUCAACCUCGCCUUUCCCUAAACCAGCUCAAAGAGCAGAGACGCCAGAAAGACCUGGAGAGUAAACCCCCUCCUACGGGAGCGCCUGUGCAUGAGAUCAGAUACCGUGUUGGUCUCAGCAACUUCCAGCUGCCUCUUUCCUACCCAAUGACUGCUGCUUUCUGCCCUAGUAUGCCCACAAACUUAAACCCCAACUCCUCAGGAGUUCCCAGUCCUGGGUACGUUUUGCCAGUGGGGUGCUAUGGGGGGAUGACACAUGCUCCUCUUUAUCCCCAGCAGUGGCCAAGUAUACCUCGCCCCCUAGGCCUAAUUGGUGCUGCGAGUGUGUUGCCCCAUGACACAGUAACAAACCAAGGGAUUCAAACCUACCCUGUGGUCAUGCACAACCCCGAUUAUGGCCCCUGUUCAGAAACCACCAGGACUACUUGACCCUAGUUCUUAGUGUGUGUGUGGGCUGGAUCUGUGAUCCUGUAAAUAACAUGGAGAUAUUCUUUGUACAACACCUGUAUCUGUACUUGUUUGUGUGUAUAUACCAUAUUGUAAAGUAUGCUUUAUGUAUGUCUGAAUACCUUGUGGUGUUUGGGUUUUUUGUUGUUGUUUUUUUUUUUGGCUUUGAUCUUGCAGAAACUCAGCCAUAUGAGACAUUUGGUCACCAUUUACAAACAUUUCACUAUAUUCCCCUUCGCUUUGAUUUUUGCAGUGUUUUCAGUCUUUUGACUUCUUAAUUUUUAUGUACACUUGAAAUGCUUCAUUGGAAUCCAGAUAUUUUGGUUUGCGAUACAGCGACAGGGCAGUGUUUAUAAUGAAAGUAUUUAAAGGAAUGUAGUGCCUUGAACCUCUUUUUUUCCUCCCUACAAAACAAAGCAUGUCUGCAUCCAAACAACUUUUUAUUUGAUAGCUUGAAUGUGUUUCUUAUUUACCGCAUUACAGACACUUUUGGUUUACAUUUGAAUGCCCUUGUAGUACUGCACUGUUAAAGUAUAUGCUUUUACUUAAAUAAAAUUAUAUCUUAGUCCUUGUUUACUUCCACCCCUGUGACACCCAAAAUGCCAUAGUGGUGACAUGUUGCUGCCUUGUCGAAACAAAUUGUUAAUGUACAACUGAGGUGAAAAAGAAAAACAAAUUUAAGCCAGACGCCAAAAUUCACUUAUUCAGGUUUUUGAUAGGACAAAAGCUGUGUUAGAGCAGAUGUACCCGUGCACACAUCUCUAGUAUUGUUCUGAUGAGAGUGUUUGAACUAAUGUGAAGGUUUGAGGCUGAGAAGUGCAAUUUAACCCCUCCACAAAGCUUUGAACGUCGCCUUUGCCACAAGCCUUAUCUCUGCAUGCAGCAGGAGCAAGAUGAAUGACUGAAAAAAGUAACACCUAGAAAAAUGGAGUGAAUGCAAAUCACCAUACUCCAAAUUCAGUACUGCUAAAUAUCGGUGCACAUGUACUUUGUUGUUUGUUUUUUGCAAAGUCUUAAGUUUGUAGUUUUAAAACUACAGUAUUUGCUGUUUAAAGCUUGAUUUUGAUGCUGCUAUCUGGUGAGUUCACUGUACAGUUAAGCAUUUUGUUCGAGAUGGUAGUUAAAUUAGAUACUUUCAAAGCCUCAUUAAAAUUGUUUUUCUCAGGAUGAUUUUGAUGACAGCCUUUUUGUUAGAGGCCUCCCCCCCCAUCUUGCUAAUAUAUUGCAAAAUUCAAGACCACUUGACUUGGGAGGUUUGCACAAGAUACAGUCUCCCUGAACUCUCACCUGUCAGUUUCCAGCACUGUAUAUACCUGUGUUUGACUAUUGGAACUUUUUUCCUUUUGAAAUCAGACAAACAAGGCCAGCUUUUCUUGUACCACAAAGCAAAUAUGGACAAUACAACUCGUCAAACUGCAAAUUUAAAAAUUUAACCUGUGAAGGAUUUCAGCACCCCAAACCUGCCAAGCUGUGAAUUGUACAGUUUUCUUGUAGUCUAUAUUUGUACAUUAUUAUUAUUCUUUUAACUGCUGAGGGGUGGUGUUGGAGGGGUUGCUUUGAUGUACAUGAUUCCAUCAAUUCGGUUUGAAUUGAACUUUUGUAGAAUAUAUUAUGCAGAGUCUUCUACUCUGGUGAAAUGCUUCCAGUAAGAGAUUUCUGUUCUCUAUUACUUAUCUGGUUUUUAUUUAGUUCUACCUCCUCCUGUGCCUACUCAUUGUGAGCAGAGGAGGGAGUAAUUCCUGUUGGCAUAUUCAUUUGGAUGCAGUAAUUGUACAGAACAGAAAUGUACAUGCACAGAUGAAUCUUACUUCUCAUGUCUCUCUGGAUAACACUGCCCCCUGGUGAAUAUGCGCAGAUUGUCAAAAAUUCAUGUUUCAAAAGUGUGGGAUUACCUGUGCCUGCGGUUUCCCACUGCAUUACCCAGCCUACCCUGCACUCUAACGACAAACUGUAUGCUAAGAGAGAAAUAAACCUUAUUUUGUGCUUGA